AUGAUGAACAGUUCGACCAGCACCGAAACAGACCUGAAGCUCUACUACGCGAUUACGUACACUUUCAUCCUGAUCCCUGGACUAAUAGGAAACACAUUGGCUUUGUGGGUCUUUUACGGGUACAUGAAAGAGACUAAAAGGGCCGUCAUAUUUAUGAUCAAUUUAGCCAUUGCCGACUUAGCGCAGGUUUUGUCCUUGCCCCUGAGGAUUUUCUACUACUUGACUGGGAGAUGGGAAUUUGGAGGAGGUCUCUGCAUGCUUUGCUUCUACCUGAAGUACGUCAACAUGUAUGCAAGCAUCUACUUCUUGGUUUGCAUCAGCGUGAGACGAUAUUUGUUUCUCAUGCACCCCUUCAAAUUCAGCGACUGUAAACGCAUCUGUGAUGUGUAUAUCAGCAUCGUUGGGUGGGUCGUGGUCUGCGUUGGCUGUUUGCCUUUCCCCCUUCUCAGACUUCACAAGGAUGCUAAAAACACGUGUUUUGUGGAUCUCCCCGUGAAGGAAGUUGGCCUUCCCACCUCCAUUGUAAUGAUGACGAUGGGUGAAUUGGUGGGGUUCGUAACACCCCUACUCAUCAUCCUGUACUGCUCCUGGAAGACUAUCCUAUCACUAAAAGAAAAAAAUUCUGCUUCACAUGACCUCGGAGAGAAAAAAAAGGCUUUAAAGAUGAUUCUCACCUGCGCCCUGGUAUUUCUGAUUUGCUUCGGACCUUAUCAUAUCAGCUUUCCACUAGAUUUCUUUGUCAAAACCAAAAAGAUUAGAAACGGGUGGGUCCAGAAGGUGAUCUCAGUGUUUCACGUUGUAGCUUUGUGCCUUGCCAGCUUGAACUCCUGCGUGGACCCUGUCAUCUACUACUUUACUACGGAUGAGUUCAGGAGACGUCUUUCCAGACAGGAUUUGCAGGACAGCAUUCAGCUCCACAACCUCAGUUACGUGAGGAAGCACUCCAGAGACGUGCUCAGGGAGGACACCAUGGAUUACUAG